UGAGUAAUGUCGGCCAGUCGACGUCCGGUCGUGACGGAGGGCAAAGUCAGGGAUAUCCUCCAGACCCACUACUCGCUGGACACGAAGUGUUUGCGUCAACUGGACUCGUUUGUAGAUAGGAAUUACAAGGUGACCACUACGGAUGGUCGAGAGUACGUGUUCAAAAUAGUCAACCCUGACGAAUCGGAGAAUGACAAGCGGGUACAAGCACAGCUGGGUGUGGUCAACUAUCUGCGAGGAUGUGGCUUCAUAUGCCCAGUAACUGUUGCCAACAGAGAUGGAUUACAUACCUGGAAGUCAACCUUCCCAAUCGGAAAGGCGGAUGGUCCAGACGAAACGUGCGUGGUCCGCCUCAUGACGUUUGUUCCUGGAGAGCCACUUGGCCUGUGCCAACAGCUGUUCUGCGGGGAUAUGUACAAGUGUCUUGGGGUUCUCCUAGGGCAACUUCAUGCUGCACUGCAGGACUACCCCGAGACCGACCUGACAGUGGAGAGUCACAGCGAGUGGAUGGGGGAGAAUGCUGGUCUACUCUCUCAGUUUAUGCCAUACCCGGAAGUGAGUGCCAUGCCACAUGGGGGCAGUUGGUCGGAGGAGACGUUGUCAGAGGACAUUCGAGCAGUGAUAAAGAACGUUGAAUCCUCCCUGAAGGAGCGGGGUCAUGCCAUGGAGCGAGGUGUGAUCCACGGGGAUUUCCAAGACUACAACAUCAUACUUCAUCCAGCUACUGUUGACUUCAAAACGUCUGUAGCUUCUUUAGAUUCAAAGACAAUAUUUGGAAUAAUCGAUUUCAAUGACAUUUGUUAUACUUACCGAGUGUUCGAGGUAGGUCGACUGAUAGCUGAUGCUAUGACGAACUGCAAUUGCUCCGACCAAGAAGCCCUACAAAUUGGGGGUCGCAUUCUGUCCGGCUACCUGUCCAUCAGACCGCUGAACAUCGAGGAUAUGACAAUGUUGUACCAUGCAGUGUGCAUCACUUUCUGUCAGUAUUAUGUGCUCGGUCAACACGCGGUGUCCCAGCAGACGGACAACCCCUACUGCAGCUUGGGAUUUGCCGAGGCAGGACGGUGGCUGGAGAGAGUGCUUGCAUUGUCCAGUCGAACUUUGUGGGAAAUAUGGACUCCAGUUCUAUCUGAAGCAGGAAUCAGCUUAUGAAAACUACUCUCAGGUCAAUAAACAAAAGGAGUUUGUCAUAUGG